AUGUUCAAAACCCAAGAACAAACAAAUGUUAAAAAAAAAAAAAAUCAUCGGACAGAAUGCACAGAACUACAGAAGCUUUGAUGGACUUCACUCACACCAAACUCCCCCAUUUCUUCUCCACUCAAUCACCCUUUGCUCCAAGCCCUAGCUAACCAUCUCAUCCUUUACAGGGAGAAAUUAAGUUUUAGCUUGUGUAAUGAAAUCGGUUUUUGAAAUAUAAGGUGGGUUUGUUUUUGUAGAAUAUAAGAUUUGUGUUUGUGUUGUGUAUUUUGUUAGGUUUUAAGAUGGUUUGGAAAACUUAAAUAAAAAUUCAAAACUUUCUUGUGUAUAGAAAUGGGUUUUUGAAUUUAAAGUGGGUUUGUAUUUGUUUUGUGUUAUUCUGAGGUUUUGUGAUGGAAGGAGGGUCAGAUUACAACACAGUUCCUCAAGGUCUUAUUGAUAAAACAAAAGUACUCGAAGUAAAACCAUUUCGUAGUUUGUAUCCUGUGUUACCUUCAAGUCCUGAAGGACCUGCCUUUGUUUGUGCACCUCCCUAUGGACCUUUCCCUGCUGGGUUUUCUCCAUUUUACCCGUUUAUUGCACCUCAAAAUGGGCCUGAUUUAAGCCAAAACAACCAUUCUAACCAAGCACAUACGCCACCUGCAUCGUUUGCGGCUCCCAUUAGGUCAUUUAGGUCACCAGAAAUUAAUUUUUCGGAUGUGUCUAAUGGGGAUGUGGGGUCUUCUGUUUGGAGAAAAAAAGGUGGCAGGGUUCCUAAUUCGCAGGGAUCUGGUUCUAGGCAAAAGAAGGCUAAAAAGAGUAGUGUCUCAGAUUUAGUGGCAUCUGGCAGUAAGGACUUUGCUGUUGGGAUUAGUUCAUAUGAGCGAGAUGAGGGUAAUACGGAAGUUGUUAAUAGUGUGUUGAUUAGAUUUGAUGCCCUUAGGAGAAGACUUAGUCAGAUUGAGGAUGCAAAAGAGUCUCCUGCGGGGAUUAUAAAGCGUGCUGAUUUGAAAGCAGGUAAUAUAUUAUUGACGAAAGGUGUACGUACCAAUAUGAGGAAGAGGGUUGGAACUGUUCCAGGGGUGGAAAUUGGUGAUAUUUUCUUCUUUCGAAUGGAGUUGUGCGUGAUUGGUUUGCAUUCGCAGUCCAUGGCUGGGAUUGAUUAUAUGAUCUCGAGGGGUGAUUUAGAGGAAGAACCGGUGGCAUUGAGCAUCGUAUCAUCUGGAGGGUAUGAUGAUGAUGCUGAGGAUAGUGACAUUCUGGUAUACACUGGGCAGGGUGGAAAUGCCAAUAAGAAGGAUAAGCAAUCAUCUGAUCAGAAGCUUGAAAGGGGUAAUCUUGCUUUAGAGAGGAGCUUGCGUCGGGGUAAUGAAGUAAGAGUUAUUCGGGGCAUGAAAGAUGCUAUUAGUCCCAACUCAAAGGUUUAUGUAUAUGAUGGGCUUUAUAGGAUUCAAGAAUCUUGGAUGGAGAAGGGGAAAUCAGGUUGCAACAUGUUUAAAUAUAAGUUGGUGAGAAUGCCUGGGCAGCCUGGUGCAUUUUCUGUUUGGAAAUUGAUUCAAAAGUGGAAGGAUGGUUUGUCAUCGAGGGUCGGACUUAUUCUUCCAGACCUUACUUCUGGGGCUGAGAGCACACCUGUGUCACUUGUAAAUGAUGUUGAUGAUGAGAAAGGGCCUGCUUAUUUCACUUAUUUCCCUAGAGUUAAGUAUACAAAAUCUUUUAGAUUAACUGAGCCUUCUUUCGGAUGCAACUGUCGUAGUGCAUGCCUCCCAGGCAAUCCAAAUUGCUCAUGCAUGCAGAAAAAUGGGGGUGAUUUUCCAUAUACAGCAAACGGGAUCCUAGUAAGCCGGAAGCCUAUGAUAUAUGAAUGCGGUCCCUCCUGUCCAUGUACUUCUAGUUGCAAAAACAGAGUGUCACAAACUGGUCUUAGGGUUCAUUUGGAAGUGUUUAAAACAAAAGAUAAGGGCUGGGCUUUGCGUACAUGGGAUCCUAUCCGUGCUGGUACUUUUAUUUGUGAAUAUGCGGGUGAAGUUGUUGACAAAGUUAAGUCAAGACAAGAUGGGGAGGAAGGGGAAAAUGAUGAUUAUGUUUUUGAUACCACCCGUGUUUAUGACUCUUUCAAGUGGAAUUAUGAACCUGGUUUAAUAGAUGAAGAUGAUUGUAAUAACUCUACUGAGGAAUACGAUAUUCCAUUUCCCCUAAUAAUAAGUUCUAAGAAUGGUGGAAAUGUUGCCCGUUUUAUGAAUCACAGUUGCUCUCCAAAUGUGUUCUGGCAACCAGUCAUGUUUGAACAAAACAAUGAAACCUUUGUCCAUAUUGCAUUUUUCGCAAUGAGGCACAUUCCCCCCAUGACAGAGUUAGCAUAUGAUUAUGGGAUUGCUCGUUCAGAUGAAGGUAAUAGUGAUAGCCACCGAAAAAGUAAAUGCUUAUGUGGAUCACCGAGAUGCCGGGGUUACUUUGGUUGAUUUUAAAUGUUUGUUGAUCUGUGGAGAGGAAUGCAUGGCAACCAUGACCUCGAAUAAAAGGAUGUAGCUGUCACUCCCGAGCACAUCCAAAAACUGUGCCAGUUAUCGAGUGCGGUAUUUCCAGGUAAAUGGGCACACAUUUUCUAUUGCUGCUAGGUUAGCCGGGUAGGUCACAUUUAGCUGUCAAUGGCUCCUUUUGCUGAUGGAUGUAGCCAGUGAUUCUAACUUCAUAGGUUGCUUAAUAGCCGAGCUUUUUAUGCCUGAAACGGUAUUGUGACAUCAGAUUUCAUAACUGAGAUUAACAAUUGUUGAAUGUGUAUUUAUGGUGUAACAGUAUCUUCUGAAUUGGAAUGAUUAAUCUGCAGUUGUGUAUUGAAA